AACCGAACGACUAUUGUAUGACACACAACGUCCCCUUUAUGUAACACAACGUCCCCUUUAUGUCUCCUUUUAAAAUCAAGUCAGAAGUUGGCCACUGGGACAAAUUGUAAUUUUUUUCAGAUCAAAAUGGUUUAAUCAUCAAAGAUUAUGAAGCAGCAAAAAAAGGAAAUAAAAUGCCUCUCCACAUUUACAAUUACCAGCACAACAACAACAACAACAACAACAACAACAACAGCAAACCAGUUCUCUUGACAUUGCUCACAUCUUCCAGGUUAACCUCUCCCCUCCCCACCCCACACACACAUCUCAUCUGUCAGAUUCGUUUUGACAUCUUAACAUACCUUGGCAGUGAGAAUUACCUGAGAAAAUUACUGACAAUUGAUGUAUAGGUGGUGGUGGUGGUGGUGGUGGUAGAGGUAUGAUAGUGGACUUGGUAGAGGGGUUAAUAUUGUUAAUAAUAAUUCUGGUGGUGGUGGCAGUCGUGGUGAUGGUUCUGCUACUGCUGCUGCUGUUAAUGGUGGUGGUGGUGGUGGUGGUGGUGCUGGUCAGACACUCAGUCAGCCCAGAUCAACAUCACAACACACACAGAGUGGGAUGGAAGACACAAAAAAUAAAAAUAAAGAAAUUGACUAAAUUCUUGGAUUAUAUCCUUGUUAGAAGAUCAUUUCACUUUCUCAGAUUAUUUCCUUGUUACUGAAUUAAAAGAAGAUGGAAGGGUCUCAGAAGAUAAUCCUCUUCUGGAUGCUGAUGUCAGUUAUGGUGAUUCUUAUCCCUGGACAUCGGAUCAACACAGCGUCAAAUUUUUACCAUUCUAGUAUCAUCGAAGAUGAAAAACAUAUCAGAAGUCAUUUACAAGAAAUUACCAAUAUUGGCGAAAAGGAACUGAGUCCUGAAGAAAUAGAAUUCCAUUUCUUCAAGUUACAUGACUUAAACAAUGACACGCUGCUCGAUGGUCUUGAAAUCCUGGCUGCCUUGUUUCACUCGCAGCCAACAGAAGACAUAGUCCCAGGGCUAAGUGAACAAGAAAUGAAACUCAAGUCCCGAGAUCAAAUCAAGAAGAUCCGUAAAGAGAGGCAGGAGAAAGUGAUUCAUUAUUAUACAGACAUAAUCGAUGAAGUCUUUGAGAAAGAUGACCUCAAUGAUGAUGGUUACCUGGACUACAUGGAAUUUACCAGAACUCACAGACGAAAUCAGAGGAGAUUCAGCACCCCACAAGAGAAAGAGAUUCAUGUCACCAAACCAAAACCAUAACAAAAGAUGAAAAGGAAACGGUUUUUGGAAAGGGAGAAUAAGAAACCAUUUAUUUGUCAUCAACGACUAUUUUCUGUAAUUCUUUUGUCAUUUAUUUGUCAACAAAACCUAAACACUUUAUUCUGCAGAAGAUUUUUAAUAGAACUUCUUUAAUAUUUCUGAUGAAAUAUUUUUAAUGAUAUUUAAUUACAAAGUAUAAAUGAUGAGUAAACAUUAAAAAAAAAUCGUUUUGAAGAGAAAAAGAAGCAGGGUUGUUAGUGGGAUUUGAACUGUGAAACGAUUGUUCACUACAUAACUGUCAUUGAUUUGAACCAUGUAGCUCUUAUUUUCCUGGGCAAUCAUUGACUACGUUGGCGUAGGUGAAGAGGAUCAGAUCGACGAGUUUCAAUUUGGAAGCUUCCUCAGUAUUCGAUUACUUCCCUUCAACUGCUGAAAAAAGAGAAAAUGGCAGACUCCCCCCCUCGACCUUCGUUGCUGUAAACACUGAAUUAUUUACAAGCUUUAUUGUAAUUUGGCUUAUGCUAUAUUUGUGUAAACUGAGACCAUCUUUUCUUCCAAACACAUUAAAACCACAAAAAUUUUUUCAAGUUCCAUGUUUUUUUGUUAGACCUUUAGAUCUAGUUUGGAACAAAAGCAUUGCUAAAUCCAUUAAUCCACCGUUCCAAUACCUCAGCUUCAUCAUCAGGAUGAAGUAAUGGUUACAACAAGCUGAUUACACGCUUUACAGCAAAGGAUCAUGGGAAUGUUAAAACUGAUAAAACCAUUUAUACCAGUUUUAAAAAUGGUUAAGCUGAAUCAACAUCUGUUGUAGCUGUAUAUUAGUAUUUCGAUCUUACUAAACUUUCACUUAUUAGUCUUCUCACUUUUUUUUCUGAAAUUCUGUAUAAAACAUUGUAGUGAUGUCAA